AUGGCUGCUGCUGCCACAGCGAGUGCUCCAGCUCCUGCUGCUGCAUUGCCCAGCAACCUCGUGGAAAUCGCUGGUGAGGCCAACAUCGUGAACUACAUGAAGAAUCGUUUGCGAAAUGGUGCCUUGAAGCGUAAAGGACUGCAAAUCGUAAAUGGUCACAAGUUUGCGGUGCGUUUUUUUAAACAGCCUACCUACUGUGGGCAUUGCAAGGAUUUCAUUUGGGGCUUUGGCAAACCGGGCUUCCAAUGUGAAGAAUGCCGCUUCAACAUACAUCAGAAGUGUUGCAGCUACGUUGUUUUCAAAUGUCCUGGCAAGGACACGGACUUCGAUGCCGACUGCGCCAAGGUGAAGCAUGGCUGGAUCUCGACCACCUACACCACGCCUACAUUUUGCGAUGAGUGCGGCAUGCUGUUGCACGGCGUAGCCCAUCAGGGCGUUAAGUGCGAGAAUUGCAAUUUGAAUGUGCAUCAUGCAUGCCAGGAGAAGGUUCCGCCGAUGUGUGGUGCGGACAUUAGCGAGGUUCGUGGCAAGCUGCUGCUCUACGUCGAGCUGAAGGGCAACAAUCUGAAAGUGGACAUCAAGGAAGCCGCCAAUCUUAUUCCAAUGGAUACCAAUGGCUUCAGUGAUCCCUACAUAGCUGUGCAAAUGCAUCCUGAUCGCUCCGGUCGCACCAAAAAGAAGACAAAGACCAUUCAAAAGAACCUGAAUCCGGUUUUUAAUGAGACCUUCACUUUUGAGUUGCAACCACAGGAUCGAGAUAAACGUCUUCUCAUCGAAGUUUGGGAUUGGGACCGCACAUCACGCAACGAUUUUAUGGGCUCAUUCUCGUUUAGCUUGGAAGAGAUUCAAAAGGAACCAAUCGAUGGCUGGUACAAGUUCUUAUCGCAAGUGGAAGGUGAGCACUACAACAUUCCUUGUGUAGAUGCAAUCAAUGACAUGGCACGCUUGCGUGACGAAGUCCAUCACGAACGUCGACCGAAUGAUAAGCGUCGAAUGGAUAAUAAGGAUAUGCCCCAUAACAUGAGCAAACGAGAUAUGAUUCGUGCUGCCGAUUUCAACUUUAUUAAAGUGAUUGGCAAGGGUUCGUUUGGCAAGGUUCUAUUGGCUGAGCGUCGCGGCACAGAUGAGCUUUAUGCAGUGAAGGUGUUGCGGAAGGACGUUAUUAUACAAACCGAUGAUAUGGAAUUGCCCAUGAAUGAGAAGCGCAUCUUGGCCUUGUCUGGACGACCUCCGUUUCUGGUAUCGAUGCACUCGUGCUUCCAGACCAUGGAUCGCCUCUUCUUUGUCAUGGAAUACUGCAAGGGCGGAGAUCUCAUGUAUCACAUGCAGCAAUAUGGACGUUUCAAGGAGUCAGUGGCUACCUUCUAUGCUGUGGAAAUAGCAAUUGCGUUUUUCUUUUUGCACGAACGCGACAUUAUCUAUCGUGAUCUUAAGCUGGACAACGUGUUGUUAGAUGCCGAGGGCCAUGUAAGGCUCGUCGAUUUUGGCCUGAGCAAGGAGGGUGUUACCGAACGUAACACCACACGUACCUUCUGUGGAACGCCCACCUACAUGGCACCCGAAAUUGUCAGCUAUGACCCUUAUUCAAACACCGCCGAUUGGUGGUCUUUUGGGGUAUUACUAUAUGAAAUGAUGGCAGGUCAAUCGCCGUUUGAGGGAGAUGAUGAGGACACUAUAUUCAAGAAUAUCAAGGACAAGAAGGCCGUGUUUCCAAAGCAUUUCUCACAGGAGGCAAUGGACAUUAUCACAAGCUUUCUUGCCAAAAAGCCAAAUAAUCGUUUAGGCGCUGGUCGCUAUGCUAGACAGGAAAUUACAACGCAUCCCUUCUUUCGCCUAAUCGAUUGGGAUAAGGCCGAGGCUGGCGAAAUGGAACCACCCAUUGUUCCGAAAAUUAAACAUCGCAAGGAUAUUAGCAAUUUUGACCAGGCCUUUACUAAGGAGAAAACUGAUCUAACUCCAACGGAUAAGCUUUUUAUGAUGAAUUUGGAUCAAAAUGAUUUUAUCGGGUUCUCCUAUAUGAACCCCGAGUUUAUAACCAUUAUCUAAAGUGUAACUAUUGUGAAUUUACCAAACUAUGUGGUUCUAGAACUAAAUAAAGCUUUAACAAGUUUUUGAAGAGCUUUUAAA